GGUCUGAGAGCCGUUGGGAAACCAAGAUGGCGGCGGGGAGCAGCAACUACUGGGAAGACCUGCGGAAGCAGGCUCGGCAACUAGAGAAUGAACUGGAUUUGAAACUGGUUUCCUUCAGCAAACUCUGCACAAGCUACAGCGGCAACAGUACGAGAGAUGGGCGACGCGACAGGUAUAGUUCGGACACAACACCUCUUCUUAAUGGGUCGAGCCAGGACAGAAUGUUUGAGACGAUGGCCGUGGAGAUAGAGCAACUUUUAGCUAAGCUCACAGGAGUAAAUGACAAAAUGGCAGAAUACACUUCAACACCUGGAGUAACAUCCUUGAAUGCAGCACUCAUGCACACAUUACAACGGCACAGGGACAUAUUACAGGAUUACACACACGAGUAUAAUAAAACUAAAGCAAACUUUAUUGCAAUCCGGGAACGGGAAGACUUGUUGGGCUCAGUCCGGAAAGAUAUUGAGUCGUACAAAAGUGGGUCGGGAGUUAACAACAGAAGAACAGAACUGUUCUUAAAAGAGCACGAGCAUCUUCGAAACUCAGAUCGGCUGAUUGAAGAUACGAUAAGCAUCGCCAUGGCAACAAAAGAAAAUGUGACUUCGCAGCGAGGAAUGAUGAAAUCAAUACAAAGCAAAGUGAACACCUUGGCCAAUCGAUUUCCUGCUAUUAACAGCCUGGUCCAGAGGAUAAAUCUGAGGAAGCGCAGGGACACAUUAAUUCUCGGUGCUGUUAUUGGCAUCUGUACUAUCUUAUUAUUACUGUAUGCCUUUCACUGAUGAAACCUCCCUGUAAAAAGCAGCAAGGCACCAGGGAGUGGGAGCGGGGAGUUUAAAGAACUGAGCCUUCUUAAGCUGACUGGAUUGCUAAAGCGAUGGAUUUAGGUUGCACUGGAAUACUUUAAUACUUUGCGUUCCUUUCUGGGCCACAGUUCUUUGGUUGGUUUAUGAUCAAAUGUAAAACUUGGAUUUUUUUUAAAUAGAAAAGAAACUAGGUUCUUUUUGUGCUCUUUACAUCUGAGGUCUUCUGCGUAAUCAAGUCGGACGAAACGAUGGAUACAAGCGCGUAAUUUACUUCCCAGAGCGCUGAAACGUUGCAAGAACAAAGUGCUACCGCACCUCCCCACCCUCCCCUCAAUUCUCCAGCUGAUCAGUUUGUGCUCCAACUAAUGUCCCAAAGUGAAAUUGGAUAUUUUUAAAAAGAAAUUAAUCUCACUCUUGAAAUCCUAAGUGUGUGUUUAAAAUAAAUAAAUAUAUAUAUAUGUAUAUUUCCAAGGCCAAAUGUAAUACAAUUGGCUCAGUGCAUUUAUAUUCCAAUAUGCUCUGCCAAAUAGUGGUGAGAUACCAAUCUGUCGCCUUGAUUCCCCACAGACUUAAGUUUCUGUUCUUAUCUGGGAGAGGCACCCAGCUAGUCAUUCCUCAUAUGGAAUAUGAGUUCUCCUGAGCAGCGAUCAUGCACUUUUAUAGCGGUUUGUUGCAGAGCAGCAUUGGCAGAGACCCGAGAGCACGUCCGACCAUCUUGGCUAUCAGAAGGCGACAAAAAGAGAAUGGGGAGGGGGGGUGGAUUGUAAACUUCUUUAAGAUUCGAGCAUCAAGGUUGUUUUUGAUUUUGUUUCAACCUCCUAACCCCCUUCCCCUAUCACCACCACCCCCACCCCCAAAGCAAUUUCUGAACACUUCUUGUAAAGCCUUGUUGACAGUUUUGAAAUGUAUAUAAUAUACUCGUCAGCUUUUUGUAACCGGUGUUCCGACUCUGCAUAUACAGCACUUGCCAUCUCUGUCAGUUUGUGUUACGCCAUUUAAGUCAACGGUGACCCACUCUGGCCAGUGUCUCUAAUAAAGGCCCCUCAUAGCAUCAAGCAAUUGCCCUCUUCCCCCCCUCUACCCCACAAAAAAAAGUAAUCCACUUAAGGUUGAAAGUACUUACAUUCUGCACUGCCCCCAUUGCAAAUAAAAAUGGAAUCAUUAUAAACAUAGGUUGCUAUUAAAUUCUUGUGUAUUUUCAAGUACUGAAAUUGUGAUUUGCUCUUUUCCCCAAUAACGUAGCCAUCAUGAUACAUUUAUGUCGAAACCAUGGACUGUGGCCUUCUUAAUGACUUUUGCAGAGUGCGACACUACCAGUCAAUAUUGUCUCCCGUUGAACUGAAGACUCUGGUUCCAUCUCAAGACUUGCGUAACCUACUUGGAAUGUUAGGGUUGAAAAAUUCAUGCAAGAGCACGGCUCAGUGCUUGGAAAUGGGAAUCAUUCCAGGGAGGAUCUUUUUUGUUGUAUAUAAUAACCUCUGAAGUUGGGUGGGUGGGUGAUGAGAUUUUGUUGUACAUCCUGCUUUUAUGGGUUACCCAAACUGUGUAGUUUGCAAAGGCUUGGCAGGAUGAUAGGCUUAAUCGAAUCCAAAUUGUCCGAUUAUAUAAGCUAGGCUUUUGUUUACUACCUCGUCGUGUUGACCUAUAUAAAAGUUUUUUUUGCCCCAAAGGUGGAGUUUACACAGCUGCUGUCUAUUGUUUAUCUGUUCAACGCUCCUAGUGUCAAAAAUAUUGUCAUAUGUCAGCAGCGUUUCUUCUCUCUCCCCAUUCCCUCUCUUCCCCCCUCCCCCUCUCUCCCCCAAACGCUCUCCACGCCGCUUCUCUCUCCCUCUCCAUUGCUUCUUAAAAAUGCUUCUGGAAAAUUUGUUAAUGUAGAUUUUAAUAAUCUUGUAAAAUAAUUUUCAGUUCUGCUCUGCUAAUGUACAUUUUCUGCAUUGUAGAGAGGAGCUCUGACUGUAUGUAAUUUGUUAAUAAAUUAGAAUCCUAAAA